GAACAAAACCACGUCAAGGGUCCGCCCCUGCGGCAUGCCACAUGUUCAAUCAGGGGGAACAUCAAAAAUCCAGCAUGGGGGAGCAGCGGUUGCCUGCAGCGGUCGCCAGUCGACGCGAGGCUAGUUUCAGUCCCUCGGCGCGCUCGUUCUUGCCGCCAUCACGAUGCCCAUGAAGGUCUAGCCGCAGCAUCUCUGAAUCGGCCUUGCGUUCCUCUUCCCGUUCUCCCAAGCGUGCGCAUCCCUUCAUUCUCCCUGCUACGCGGCUGAGGAGCUGGCCUUCUCCUUCCGUUCCUUUCGGACAUCAUGGACACUUCCCUCGACGCUGCUGCGGCCUCAAGCUCUUCCCCGCUCGUUAAUUCGAAUGCCCGCUCAGUCGCGUCUUUCUUCCUGGGUUGGGUAUUCCUGCAGAGCACUCACUACAUGCUGGAAAUAUUGAUUCCACGGAUCGCAAGUUGUCUGUCGCGGCGGCGCACCCGCUCAGACCUUGAAGGAGAACCGUACUUUGGGGAGAAGAGCACCUCGCCUCCUUCCCUUGCGGCACACGACCAGCUAUCCACGCCCACUGUACUGAACUGGACUACGUUUGCACUAUACCCUUGCUUCCUCUUGGCCAGUUUGCUUUCGACCGCCUCUCUCAUGACCUUCGGGCCUAAUAAGUCAAUAGCUUGCGGCGCCCUGAUAGCAAUGUUUGCUGUUGCAUUGCAGGCUGCUCGCGUUGUCGCCUAUCUCAACCUUAUACUUGAUUUGAGAAGAUCUGUCAGUCUAGCACGAUGGGAACUCUUGACGAUCAUAACGGUCAUCGUUGUUGGAUUCGGACUUUUUGUCGCGACUGAAGCCAUCGCACCCGGCGUUCUGCUCCAGUUGUCAACGCGAGAUGCAUAUGUUUGCGUUGACCAACACUACGCACCCUCGUCGUCAGUAUGCACGGUCGUGUACAUACUGCUCAACGUCUACUUCGUCACCCGUGGUUGCUUCUCAAGCCUUCGCAGUCGCAGUGUUUCCGGCAACACCGUCGCGCUCAGAGCCGCUUCCCUUCUUCUGCUCGAGAUUUUCGUCAUGGUCCCUAACGCUAUGCCUACCGGUACCUUGGGCAACAUCGUUCCUUUCUGCUUCGGGGCGAUUAUUGUGCAAGCCGUCUUCCACUACACCAGGUUAAGACUUGCACCCACGAUACCUCCGUCCCAAUUACCGGAGCGACCCGCCUCCCUUGCCCCUCCUUCCGUAACGUCCUCGCUGCCGCGGCUGAUCUUCUCUCGCCCCAAUACCCGCCCUAACACUGUUCUGUCACAAGCAUCCGGCGACCGAGGACCCAGUCCCAUUGACUCCAGAAAAUCGACGCCAUUUUCCCUCAGGCUCUUCCCCCAACCCCCGCUUGUUCAACCAGCAGAACCGCCAAAGACACCGCAUCUGCGCUCGAAGCGGAAGUUUUCCUCGGAAAGCUCGCCAGCGACUCUUCGUCCUCCUGAACCCUCUUCGCCGGCGCCGUUCUCGCCUGCUAGCAGCAGCUUCGACUCUGCUCAGUUGCACAGUGUGGAGAAUGCGGUUUUGACGACGGCGCAGAAGGGGGCGAUCGUCACUUCGGCCUCUCUUGCUGUGCCGUCGUCGGCCGGAAGCGGUGACCUGUUGCGGAGUGCGCUGCGCAAUAGCUUAACCUUCCGGGUUGAGAGCGAGCCGACAGCUGGGUCGCCGGUUGGCCAGCCCAUCAUACCGCACCCAUUCGCCUACCCUACUGCGAUACAGGCUACGAGGACUUCCGAAGAUGGCCAGCCCUCUGCCUCCGCACCGAGGAGCAGCCGUCCGAAGGAGCACCGCCCGAAGGACAAGGGGAAGCACAGGCAGCGUCGCUCUCUGACGCCUCCUCUAGAAAGCUUCUGGGACGACUCGCAAGACCGUCUCAGUGCGCUUUCGCCUCGACCGGCCUCCAAAUCUCCUCCGCUGGUGACGAUCCCGAGCUACAGUGCCAACGUCUCUGUCGUCUCUCCUACAACGGCAGACGAAGAGUCGGAAGCGGAGUCCGGGUCGCCCUUGUCUGCCGUGUAUGGGUCAGACAUCAUCCGCCUCGACGAUGCCCGCGAUCUCACCAAGAGCGAUCGUCAUACUAGGAAACACACGCUUACCUCGUCCGAGGGAAAUGCAUUGGAAGCCGGCAGCCGUCGAGCGUCGAGCACGCGGACAGCAGAUUCGGCCUUGCGCGACUCGAACUCGAGGAGCAGCAAGCUGAACCGGUGGCCGACGUUACGGACGUUUGGCAGUCACGGGGAGAGGUGGUCUGCGACGACUUACUCAACACAGACUACGCACUCUUCCUCGCGGUCUGGGGGCUCCAUGGCUGGAAGAUUGACACGGACUUCGCGGUCGGACGCAUUGGAUACUGUACAUACAUGAUUAUUAUCUGUGAACUAUGCUAUAUAAACUGCACGCUGGGACACAAGGGGGCAUGGCUGCGAGGCACAGGCUCGGACCUCGGCGCCAGUUCGCUGUGUGUGUUUGCACGUAUGUGGCCCGAUGGGCGUCACCGGCGGCUUGGCUCGGCAGCGCUGUGUUGAGUCACUGCUGGGUUGGUCAAUAGACCUGGCACUGCAUGACCGGCCGCAAUUCUGC